GGACUCCGGGCAGAGGCACAUCGGGCUGGACUCUGGGCAGAGGCACAUCGGGCUGGACUCCGGGCAGAGGCACAUCGGGCUGGACUCGGGCAGAGGCACAUCGGGCAGAGGCACACCGGGCUGGACUCCGGGCAGAGGCACAUCGGGCAGGACUCCGGGCAGAGGCACAUCGGGCAGGACUCCGGGCAGAGGCACAUCGGGCUGGACUUCGGGCAGAGGCACCAGGCGAAGCAGCAGGCAGCGGGCCACCAGGCGGAGCAGCAGGCACCGGGCCCCCGGGUGGAGCAGCAGGCACCGGGCCCCCGGGCGGGGCAGCAGGCACCGGGCCCCCGGCGGGGCAGCAGGCACCGGGCUCCCGGGCGGGGCGACCGGCAUCGGGUCCCCAGGCGGGGUGACCGGCAUCGGGCCCCCAGGCGGAGCGGCGGGCGCCGGGCCCCCAGG